AGUGUGUGUUUCGAGGUCAGUUUCCUGUGCAGGUCAUGAUGGAUCGAGCAGCUCUCCAGUUGAUUCUCUUGGGCGUCUUUCUCAUCUCAGCCUCUUCAGACCCUGUUAAGAAGAAACAAAAUGUGGAUAUAUACAGCUUCUACAUUAACUCCACGGUCACCAGUCGCUACGCCACAACAGUCAUCACAAGCCGUGUUGCGAACACACUGAAUGAAUCUCAAGAGAUCCAGUUUGAGGUCAAGAUUCCCAAGAAUGCCUUCAUCAGCAAAUUCAGAAUGACCAUAGAGGGAAAAACAUAUGAUGGGGUUGUGAUGGAAAAAGAGGAAGCUCAACAGCAAUACAAUCAAGCAGUAUCUCGAGGACAAAGUGCUGGACAGAUCAAAUCUGUUGGAAGGACUUUAGAAGACUUUAAAACCUCAGUGACAGUGGCUGCUUUUAGUAAAGUGACCUUUGAGUUGACCUACGAGGAACUGCUAAAGCGUCGCCUCGGCAAAUAUGAGCUACUCAUCAAUGCGCAACCAAUGCAGCCAGUGGCUGACUUCAAAAUGGAUGUGCACAUCCAAGAGAAACCAGGAAUUUCCUCCUUGGAGGUGAAAGGAGAUUUGAGCACCGGUGAUCUGGCAAAUGCCAUCAAAACCACCAGAGCAGACAAAGAAGCAUGGGUGACCUUAUACCCCACUCAAGAUCAACAGACCAAGUGUAAAAGCUGUGGAGAAAAUGGGUUGAAUGGUGACCUGCUCAUAACAUACGAUGUGGAGAGACGAAAUCCCAAAGGAGAAGUCAUGGUAUCAAAUGGCUAUUUCGUCCACUACUUUGCCCCCUCUGAUGUUCCACGUAUUCCCAAAAAUGUGGUGUUUAUCAUUGACCGGAGUGGUUCUAUGCACGGCAGAAAAAUAGAACAGACUCGAUUGGCACUGCUAAGGGUUUUGAGUGAUCUUGAUGAGGAUGACCACUUUGGAUUGAUCACCUUUGACAGUGAAGUUAACUUAUGGAAGCGUGAGCUCCUCAAAGCUACUGAGGCAAAUCUGAGGAAUGCGAAAUCUUUCGUGAAUGAGAUCACAGAUAGAGGAGCCACAGACAUAAACGCUGCAGUUCUAGCAGGAGUGGACAUGAUCAAUCGACAUCCACGAGAGGGAACAGCCUCCAUCCUGAUCCUGCUGACUGACGGAGAUCCCACUUCAGGUGAAACCAACAUAGAGAAGAUAAUGGCCAAUGUGCAAAAGGCCAUUGGGACAAAGUUUCCCCUCUAUUGCCUUGGUUUUGGAUAUGAUGUUAACUUUGACUUCCUGACAAAGAUGUCACUGGAAAAUGGUGGAGUUGCUCGCAGGAUUUAUGAAGAUUCAGACGCUGAUCUACAGCUGCAGGGCUUCUAUGAAGAAGUUGCCGUCCCUCUCCUCACUGAUAUUCAACUUAAAUACCCAGGCGGGACAAACCUUACCAAGACCAGCUUUAGCUUGUACUUCAAUGGCUCUGAGAUUGUGGUGUCAGGACAAAUCAUAGACAACAGUGUGGAGAGUUUCACCACUGAAGUCAUCGCAGUAUCAAAAAGCAACAAUGUGACAUAUCAGGACACUAUAUUGACAAAAGACCCCAGUGAUGUCCCACCUGAGAAUGAAGAUUUCAUGCAGAGAUUGUGGGCCUACCUUACAGUGAAGCAGCUUCUGGAGAGACAGGCGAUUCUUAAAGGACAAGAGACAGAGGAUGAAAAGAAAGAAGCUCUCGAACUCUCCCUGAAAUACCAGUUUGUCACUCCCCUCACCUCUAUGGUCGUUACUAAGCCACAAGAAGGUGAUGUGGAAGUUGCCGACAAACCCAAAGAGGGAGAAGCGCGACCCAGACCUCCAGGUGAGAAGCUACUUCAUUUGUGCAUCCUACAAGUUAAGACAACAGAGUCAGUUUAUAUUAUAAAGCAGCUGUCUAGUGUUUUCCGACCUCAUCAGACAAACUUUUCUUCCGAAAUGGAUAUCCCAGGAUCAAGAUAUGGUGGUGCUAAUCCAGGGCGCCGUGGUGGACGAUAUCGCCUUCAUCCUGCUGCAUUUCCCUUUCCAGUAGCUGAGGAAUUCCAUGAUCUCAGUUAUUCCUCCGUUAAUCUAUUGAUCUCCCGUGUCUUAGAUCAAAGCCCCAUACUUCCAGAUAUGGUACGUGUUCCCGUUACUAUGCAAGCUCCAACAGUUCGUAGCAAUCGUUUCCUGCUGCCUGUUGUUGGUCAGUCUAAGCCACUCUGUUUUGACGUUCCUGUUCCUCACAAACUCAGACUUCUACAGGAUUCAGCUUCAGAGUUCUCUAUGAAUGGAGAAUCCAUGACUGGACAAAAUGGAUUCCAUCAAAUUACUUUUCAUUACAAAACAAACCAUCAUCUGACUAUAAACACAACUUCUGUCAGAUACCAUGACGGCCAGAAUCAAGUUGAGUUCUUGUGGGGCCAGGAACUGACCCAACACAAUACUGAGGGCGUGUCUCUGAUUCUACGGAGCAAUGAAAUAGAAGUCACCAUGGGAAAUAUUCACGUCGUUAUUCUUCUCCAUAAGGAAAAAAGGGAAAUUUUUCUGUGGCCUGCUGUUCAGCAACAGCCAAAAGAUGUCAGUUUGACAGGCAUUUUAGGAAAAACUGAUGCUUCAUAUGAGGAGAUUCAAGGAUCACAAACACCAACUCUAAAGAUAAAUGACCAGGAAGUGAGCACAAGCUGGGAGGACGUCACAGACUACAGACUUUCUUCAAAGCCGGUUAUCAAAUGCUGGCUUGUCUCGUUCUACGCUGCGAUGCAGAAAGACAUUUCUGAUUUCACUGUCACUAAGCUGUAGAGUUCAAAGCUGGCAAAUGAUAAACUGGGACAGAGCAUGUUUCUAUGUAAAACACUUGCUGAUGUUUGUGUUGAGUGUAUUUUUUUUCUGUCAUUGGCAAACAUGAUAUCUCUGACACACCUCAGCAUUUCAAUAAAUUCAUCAACAUAAAAACAA